AUGGGAGCGGAUGAGUUUCACCCUGUAUCUCCCAACGCCUUAAUUGAUAGACCUCUUCCACCUCGUCCUCUAUCUGAAAGUCUUCUCCCUAAAGGAUCCCCGGAUCUUUCCUGUGUUGAAUCUAUUGUUGACAACGAACCCUACCCAUUCGCCUUCUCUAGCACCCCUCCUCGUACCAGAGCUGAAUUUAAUGGUUACCGGUCCAAUUCUAAAGACAAAGUGAAUAUAUUUCCUUCUCAUGAUUCUCCUAUCGCCUUUUCCUCCAGUCGUCCUGUGGCUGUCACUUGUGCACCUUGUGUCUCCUCCGCUUGUCCUCCUCAAUUCCAUCCUCCUAUCGUAUCUAUGGCCGCACAACGGUUACCCUCUAGCUUUCUUUCUGGUCACAGCUCCCGUUCCCACUCACUUCCCCGUGCAAACGGAAACAGCAUUUCAGGCGUUGCUGUUCCCUACUCUCCCGCUAUGAUGACUCGAAAUUUAGAUUGUGAAGCCCAUUUCAAUCGCAGUAUUGAACUCCGAAAUUCUCCUCGAUCACCCAGAAAUGAAAUUUCUGAACGGUUACAUAGGGCCAGCAUUGGUGCGUCAAUCGAUACUCGAAGUACCCCUCGCCAACCUUUCAACUCUGAUUCUCCCUCUGAACUCCCAAACCGUUUAGUAGCUAUUUUCGAUUAUAAUGCAAGAACCGACGAAGAAAUCUCACUGAGGAAAGGAGAUUCAAUGUUGGCCCUUAAUAUUAGGUAA